AUGGCAGCGCCCGACAUGGUCGAACCUCCCACUGUUCCUGCCACAGCAUGCGAAUUGGCGGAGAUGGGCAAAGCCGGUGUCGAAGCUCGCAGCUCCGAGGUUCCAAACCCUGUUUGUUUGGAAGGCGAUGAUUUGAAUCAUGCCAAGAGAAGACGCCUGCUACGAGCAGCAUCGAGUUUGGCACCCAAUAGCUUGCAGCUGGAGACUUACUCUGAUCUGGAUGGAAGUUCUUUGGUUGCGAAGUCUACCAGCAAGAUCGCACAAGAUGCGUGUCUGGAUGUCGGUGGAGUUGGUGUCGAGGAUGAAGAGAAAGAGUUGAAGCUAGUGCGAUCUGCUAAUGUCGCCGCGCGUGGACGCAAAAGGCCAUUCCUGCGAGCAGCUUCCAGCCUCGCUCCAUCACAAUCCACGUGGCGGGAUUCACCAAGUCCAAACGCAGAAGAUGAUGUCCAGGAGGAGGUCGAGGUGGUUGGGGCGACUGUGCAGGAAAUCGUUAAGCCACAGGUUCAUUCAGAUGAACAUGGUCUGAACGAUUCGCCGGAUGAGGCCAAAGUAGAACGCGGGAACUCGACCGUGUCCAGCAAUCAGGGUACGAUCGCACCUACAUUAGUGGUCGAAUUUGACAACCACGGCGCAAAAGGUUGGCUGGAUGGUUCUCCAGGCCAUGUGCUUCCCGACAAUCAGAUGGAGUUGCUUGCGCAAACAGGUGACGAAGAGACUGUGGUUGCUACGCGCCAUGCAGGAAGCGAAUCGGCUUGUGUUGAGCAGCAGCUUUUGGUGAAUGUUUCCGGUGUCCAACCUGUCGACGCACACAUGCCCACAAACUUGGGCACGUUGACCCCGACGUUGGUGGUCGAAUCUGCGCACCACGGUGUGUCCGGCAGGAAAAGUGGGCUGGAGAGUUCUUUGGGCCCUACAUCGCUUGAUGUGCAGAUGGAGUUGUCUCCACAACAGCAUGGCAAAGAAAGUUUGGUUGGAAUAUGCAAUGGAAGGAGCGAGCCUGAUAGUGUUGAGCAGCAGCUUGUCGACAAUGGCACCAGGGCCGGGCUCGACACGGUGCCGUCCACGCCGAAGCUCCCACGGCAAUCAGCCAGGCGUCGUAUAGUUGGCAAGCAGCGUGUUUCUUUGUCAAAGAACGGUUCUGUCCUGAUCCGCCAAUCUCUUGGACACACACUUCGGCCACCGGAAGCUGGCUUCCUUGUGCGAGUUCAGGGUGACGGUUGGGGAGGCCGAUCAGGUGGCAGCGCCUCGUUUCUGGCAACAAUCACAGAAGCAGAUGACGACACUUACACCGUCAUUCGAAGGGGUGAUUGUCAUGGGUCCUGGGAUGAAACACAUGUGUUGAAACGCGAGUGCUCGAUACUCGCUAGGACAAGUUCACAGCAAGAUGUGUGUUUGCAACGUGUUCGUGCCCGCAGCGCGUGA